AUGGGUCCACGGAAACGCGUGAUUCAAAAAUCUGUUAAUAAUGUGGAGGAAAAGGUAGUCAAGAGGUCGACACAUAGGAUAAUUAGUGUAAAUCCUUCUAUGACUACAAUUAGACGUUCUAAGGCAAGUACCUCUUCAACCACACCCACAACACGCAAGAAAGUGAUAGCACAUUUAAAAACUGACUCUCCAACUGCUGGUAAAAAUUCCAAAUCCAGGAUUGUGACUACAUCGAAUUUGACUAAGAAUGAAAUUAAGGUCACAUUGGCUAAUGAGGUUGUACAGGCUCACUUUAAGAGGAGCCCUUUAGUUGGUGAAAACAAGUUAAAAAGUAUGAAUGGAGAAACUCUCAAUAAAUCGAAUGUAAAAUCUGUCACUCAUGCUGCUACUAAUAGUGAUGUUGUCAAGGAUCAUUUUGCCAAAAAAUCUGUAGUUAGUAAAAACCAGCCUGCAAAAUCAAAUAUCAAGAGGAGAUAUGUUUCAAAGAAAAAUAGGGAUGAAAAAGAUGCUGGUGUAAAGAAAAUUACAUCUUUGGCUAUAAGUACAAAUGGCUUCGAUGAUGGCUCUGCUUUCGAAGCAACACCUGAACCUAAACGCAAGAGAGGCAGACCUAAAACCGGGCGAAAACGGAAUACAGAAAGUCCACUCACAUUAGAUGCUGUCAGUGGAAAAAACGAAGCAGACCAGCAGUGUGUCACGCCUAAACUGAAAAGUAAUGAUAUUAAUCCCAAAACAAAAACUAAAGCAGCUCAAAGUUGUGCAAUAAACAAAACACAUAGGUCUAAACCACGAAGAAAGAUUGGAAAUGCUAUGGAAGAUGAUUCUAGAGUCAUAAAAGUGCCAAGAAAUACUAAGGAAGAUGAUUCUAGAGUCACAAAAGUACCAAGAAAUGCUAAGGAAGAUGAUUCUAGUGUCACAAAAGUGCCAGGAAACGCUAAGGAAUAUGAUUCUAGAGUCACAAAAGUACCAGGAAAUGCUAAGGAAGAUGAUUCUAGAGUCACAAAAGUAGCAGGAAAUGCUAAGGAAUAUGAUUAUAGAGUCACAAAAGUGCUAGGAAAUGCUAAGGAACAUGAUUCUAGAGUCACAAAAGUAGCAGGAAAUGCUAAGGAAUAUGAUUAUAGAGUCACAAAAGUGCUAGGAAAUGCUAAGGUAGAUGGUUCUAGAGUCACAAAAGUACCAGACCCGUCUAGCAAUGAACAUUUGCAACAACAAGCAACAACUUUAAACGAAAAUAAAUGUGUUGACGUUCGCAAUAUAAUACCAGGACGAAUGGUAUUCAGGAAACAAUCAUCUUCUUCCGAAUAUGACGAUUUUAAUUUCUCUGAUGUCGAUCAAACAAGAGAGAGCUUUGAAAAACACGAAGAAACUGAGUAUUUUGCUAAGCCCGCUACAGUUGAGCGAAAAUAUGACAAGGCAUCUAACAAAACUGAAACGACAAGCAAUCCAGUGAGUGAAAAUGCGAAACGGGAAAAGGAAGCAGAAUUAGACAGCCUUGAUUUUGUUUCACAUGAAGACAAAUGCAAUGAUGACGACGACGCGUUAUCACUGUACGCUGAGAGUAUAAGCGGCUUCGAAUCAUAUAAAAACAAUAGCACGGUAACCUGUGCACCUAAUACAGAUAAUGAGGACUCCAAUGAGUAUGUACCGCGACCUGUAAAUAAGAAUGGAAUCAAACCUAGUCAAACAAUCACCUACAUGCCAACUAAGAUUACUGAAGAACAAAAACAUGAAGGUGCUGAGGGACAAGUUCAAAGUACGAUAUCGGUUCAUGAGGAGCGAAUUGAGUUAAAUGAACGAUAUCAAAGAACUAAGGCAGUUUGUGAAAAACAAAACGCUGAUUCUACAUCAAUUAAUAAGGAACCCCAGGAUUCUGAGAGAUUCUUCAAAAGUUCCGAUCAAUCUACGAACGUAAUUGAAAAAACAUAUGCACAACCGGGCUCGAUCCGGGAAGAGAACAAAGAGCUAUUUGAUCAAUUACAAGAGCUCAAAAAUCAAAUUUUACUGAAUAACUCUUUAUUUACAAUGACUUCUGAGACCUUAGAAAAAACUAAAUCGACGGCUUUUGGGGAGUUGGAAAAAAGGUGUUCGCCUGAUACAACUAAUCUGGAUCAUUCGUGCAAAACAUAUGUGGAUCCUGGUGUAUCGCACGUGAUAGAUUCAAAUAGAACAUGUUCAUUUGUGACAACUAGAAGUCUAAUAAACAACUCUGCAUCUAGUCCCAGUCUGUCACUUAAUCACGAAGACGCCCAAGGAAAGCGUGGCCCGAUAUGGAACAACAAAACUAUAUUAAAUCAAAGAAUAGUGGUCUCCAACUUAAAUCCUGCUGCUCCAAUGACGAUGCAUAAGGGAAGGCCCAACUUUAAAUGUUACCUGAAAAGGCAUCAUGGAAAAAGCCCAUCUAUAUACAAGAGACUAUUUGGAAAGCAGUUUUUA